CUCAACAUACCUGAACAAUAUUUUCGAAUAAACAUAUUUUUUUAAACGAUUUUCUGCAAUUAACAAAUAUCAAUGAAUUUUCAUGUAAAUCAUAAAAUAGAUUUUGAUCGAGCAACAAUGUUGGAUAUUUCGGAAGCCUCCAAUAGGAAUGAAUUUACAAUGAGUUCAUCGGUAACCGAAACCCAUCCAAUUUCGAUGGAACACAACAGACGUUUGGUGAACGAAAUGAUUGACUACAUAUUCGAUGAACGCAGGGGAACCUGUGAAGUAUCUUCCUCACAAUGCUCCAGUUUGAAAUUACAACCUUCGGAAUAUAGUUAUGAUAAACGUCUUAAGUAUUGGAAGGAUGUAUUGAAGGAACGUGAGAAAUUGUCUCUAAAAAUUAAUGAACAAACUGAAAAGAACCAAUCGGAUAUUUUAUAUAAUCGUUUGGCUACAGUAGAUGAGAGAGAUAAGCAUACCAUUAAACGUUUAAUGGAUUAUGCACAGAGAUUGAAUCCUUCGAGUUUAAGUGCCAGGCAGCCUUCAAUAUUACCGGAAAAAUGUAAUGGAAUUAUGCCAGAACUGCAAGAAACUUUACCACAAACAGAAAGGCAAGAAAAGGCUACAAUUGAAAUUAGUGGUUUGCCCAAGGUUGCCCAACAGGAAUUGUUAGGAAAACCAAAUCGCCAGGGUUGCAAGAAACCCUCUAGUUGGUUAAAAUCGAAGCAUUUGGAAAAUCGCAUAGAGGAAAUACGCGAUGAUAUAGAACGGGUUAUAGAAUAUUAUCCCGAUAUUGAUAAUCUUCAAAUUGUGGGCGAGAGUUUAUUAAGAACCCAACUAAACGAACACAAUUCCGAAAUACAAAUAAUAUCCUCUAAGGAAAUUUGCCAAAUUUCCACAGAUACAAUUAUUGAAAGUAAUGAAAAUGUAUGUCAAGUGCCGAAAAAUAUUAAAAACAAUUCGCAGGCCAUUGAUUAUGGUUUUAAAAUUAACGAUCAAAUCAUUUCAAUGGACAAUAAACGUUGUAGCCGUAGUUUUCAAACAUUUACACAGUUUUCAUGUUUUCCAUUUGAAACUGAACGUAAAAAGAUUUUAACUAUACAAAAUAUUGGGCGAAAAGUGUUGACUUUUGAAUGGGCUCAUCGUUCUUUUUACGAUAAAAAUUCUACUCUUUUGAAAUGUUGGGACAAUGAGUUUUUCUUUGAUAAUACGCCCUUUCGCUUGUGCAGCGGAGAAGUGCAAGAAAUAUGUGUUCUGUUUCAGCCAAGGCAAGUUAAUAUUGUCAAAACUAAAUGGAUUUUAAAAGUAAAACCCACCUUCUUUAGUCGCAAAUUAGAUGGUAUUGUUAUGCGUUUAAGUGGUCAGUGUGCUGCACCUCCAGAAUACCAGCAAAAAUUAAAUGAGCUACAAAGAGAUGUUAUUGAAAAAUCAAAUAAGAAAUUGAUAAAUAAUUUAACCACUGGCUUAAGUAUUCUGGCUGCAGAUAUGCCGCCCUGCGACUAUGCUUGUCCUUAUCAACGUUCCUUAAAUGAAAUGGAACUAUUUGAGCAACUGAAUUCUGGUUUUAAAUGUGAGAGAUAUCAUGAUUUGGAACUAUUAAAAGAUCUUUAUAGACGUGCUAAGAAACCCCGUGAAAAACUGUGGGACUUACAAGUGAAUACAUUGAAAAGUAUAAUUUUAAAAAUACCCCAAGCGGAAACUCGUGCCUUAAUGUUUCAUGAACUUUCUGGUAUAUUAGAAUCAAUGAAGGGCAAGAGUAUAGAUUUAGAAAUUAAAAUUUUUAACAAUCCCGAAAGAAAUCGUACACGUUUGCUGUAUGUACGAGGUAUAAUCUCCACGAUCAUAGAAGAUUGGGUAGAUUUAGUAAGUACAAUAGAAAAAUCAUUUUACCAAACUAGUCUUCAAGUGUUAAAUGAUAAACGGGCAGACAAAGAAUUCGAAAAUGAUGAAAGUAAAAAUACUUUAAAUAUACUACAAGAUGAGAUCGAAAAACGUCAAUAUAUUUUAGAAAAACGUGUACACAAACUCAAAUCUUAUCGUGAUGCUUUAUAUAUGCAAACCUAUACAUUAUUGUGUGAUUUUGCGGAAAAUCUUGUCAAUAUUAUUCAAAGCACUGAUGCAAUAUAAAUUAAUGUUCUAUGU